AUGACGGAUGCGGUAGAUGCUGCGGCCCCCGCGCGGGCCAAUAAGUCGAGGAAGAGGAGUGACGGCCCUAAGACGGGGGUGGCCAAGUACCGGCGAGGGGAGGAGGUCUCCACCAAGACGGUCAAGGACAAGAAGCUGAAGGGCCAGCUCUUGUACACAGAGCGGGUGUUCAAGGAUGCCCAGAAGGCAGCUGCGCGCGUGGAUGACUGGCUGCUGCCGGCUGCGGCUGGCGGCUUGGAGGCGGAGGGCAUGGAGCAGACGUGGCGCUUCCACCAGGAAGACAUCGUCCAGGCAAGGCUUUGCCCGUAUGCGCUGGCCACCACCCGCGCAGGGCGGUACCUUGCGCUGGGCGGGCACCGCGGGCACCUAGCGCUCAUGGACCGCUUGCAGUCGCGCGUGUUGUGCGAGGUGCAGGUCAAGGAAAGCGUGCACGACGUGUCGGUACUGCACAGCGAGGCGUUCUUCGCCGCCGCGCAGCGCAAGUACGUCUACAUCUACGACAAGCGGGGCAUCGAGGUCCACUGCCUCAAGGCGCACACCAACGUCUGGCGCCUGGACUUCCUGCCGCACCACUUCCUGCUGACCUCCGUGGGCGCCUCGGGCGUGCUGACCUGGCAGGACACCAGCACGGGGCAGAUCGUGGCGUCGGCCAAGACCAGGGCUGGCCCCUGCCGCGUGCUCACGCAUGACCCCUCCACUGGCGUGAGCACGCUCGGCCACGGCCGCGGCACAGUAUCCCUCUGGACGCCCACCUCCCCCGUCCCCGCCGCGCGCCUGCUGUGCCACCACGGCCCCGUGCUGGCGGCCGCGCACGCGCCGCGCGGCGCCGGCGCCGGCCCGCUCCUGGUCACCACCGGCGCCGACCGCGCGGUCAAAGUGUGGGACAUGCGCAUGAUGCGGGCGCUGCACGCCUACAACGCGCCCGCCCCAGCCGCCGCGCUGGACAUCAGCCAGCGAGGGGCUCUGGCCGUGGGGUGGGGGCGGCGGGUGCAGGUGUGGCUCGAGGCGCUGCGGGACAAGGCCGCCGCGCCCUACUUGAACCACACGCUGCCGCACGCCGGGCUGCGCGACCUGGUGUUCUGCCCAUACGACGAUGUGCUGGCGGCAGGGCACGGCGGGGGGGUCAGCGCGCUGCUCGUUCCCGGCGCGGGCGAGCCCAACUACGACAGCCUGGUGGCGGAUCCCUUCCAGCGGCGCAAGGCGGCGCGCGAGGCGGAGGUGGCCUUCCUGCUGGACAAGCUGCAGCCGGGCAUGAUCGUGCUGGACCCCGACUCCAUCGGCGGCCUGGCGCGGGAGCCCAAGGAGGUGCAGAAGGAGCGCGCGGAGGCGGCGGCCGCGGCCAACGCGGCGGCCCUGGCGGCGCAGCGCGCCAAGGCCGACGCCAAGACGCCGAUGAAGGGCAAGAACAAGCCCACCCGGAAACGGCGGAAGAAGCAGCAGAAUGUCAUCGACGACAAGGCGCCAGCGAUGCGGGCGCGCAUGGCCGAGCAGGGCGUGCUGGGCGGUGGCCACGCUCGGAAGGAGAGCGAGCCCAUCCCGGAGUCGGUGCCACGCGCCCUGCACCGCUUCGUCGUCCGGAAGUGA